AAAGCACGUAACACGUAAGUGAUUCAGUCCACACAUAUUUUGAUAUUUGCAUGUACCAAUAUAAGAUAAUAAAUACCAUCGAUCUAAAUUCCAGAGUAUGUAUUACAAUUGAUGAAGUUUCCCAUAGUCGCCGGAGAAAAACCCCAAGUUCAAGAAAUGAGGCGAGCAGAGGUAGCGAUCAUCGCAACACCGUCCAUGGGUAACCUUAUACCGGCCGUGGAGUUUGCAACCCACCUCAUCAACCACCAUCCCAGUCAUAUCUCCGUCGUAAUUCUCGCCAUCUCCAUGCCGCAACGGCCAAUCCUCGACGACUACAUCCAAUCACGCAUCGCCAACAAACAAAUCCGAUUCAUCCAGCUCCACCAUGUUGACUCGCCGCCGCCAGAUCAGUACAGCUCCGGCAUCGAGUUUAUUUCUGGUUAUAUAGAAAAUCACAAACCCAUAAUCAAACAAACACUCAACCACCUCCAAACUACUGUUUCCGACUCGGAACCGGUGCCACUCGUUGGAUUGUUCAUCGAUAUGUUCUGCACUUCCAUGAUCGACGUCGCCAACGAUCUCAACAUUCCGUGUUACCUUUUCUUCUCGUCUCCGGCGGCGUCUCUUGGCUUUAUGCUCCACCUCACAACGUUGCCAGCCACCGAGUCUUUCGUCACCGAGUUAGCAGUACCUAGUUACGCCAAUGCGAUUCCGUCGAACAUCUUUCCAUCGUUCUGUAUCAAAAAAGAAGAAUUUGGUUACUCGACGUUUGUACGUCACACCCUUAGAUACAAAGAGACCAGGGGUAUCAUUGUAAAUACGUUUCAGGAGCUCGAACCCUACGCGCUUGACUCUUUCUCUUCCAAUUACAUGGAUUUGCCUCCAAUAUACCCGGUUGGACCGAUUAUCGACCAUGUUGGACCGGCUAAGUGGCAUUCAAACCGGUCUGGGCAUGAAAAGACCAUCGAAUGGCUCGACCGGCAGCCUGAAUCAUCAGUUGUUUUCCUGUGUUUUGGUAGCAUGGGGACUUUAACCCCGGUUCAGGUGAGAGAAAUAGCUAAAGGUUUGGAGCGAGCCGGGUACCGGUUUUUAUGGGCAUUACGUGAACCGGCGAAGGCGAAGCUAAAGCUUCCAAACGAUUAUGAAAAUCUUGACGAGUCUUUGUUUCCAGAUGGGUUCAUUGAUCGAACUGCUGAGAUAGGAUUGGUGUGUGGGUGGGUCCCACAGGUGAGUGUGCUGGCACACAAAUCGAUUGGUGGGUUUGUCUCCCAUUGUGGCUGGAACUCAAUCUUGGAGAGUAUAUCGUAUGGUGUACCGAUUGCCACGUGGCCUUUAUAUGGAGAGCAACAAUUGAAUGCUUUUGAAAUGGUACGAGAGCUGGGAUUGGGUGUGGAGAUAAGGUUGGAUAGUAGAGAUAAGGGUGGUGAUCUGGUGUUGGCGGAGGAUGUGGAGCGAGGUGUGAGGGAGUUGAUGGACGGUGGUGAUGGUGAGUUGAGGAAAAAGGUCAAAGAAAUGAGUGAGAAGAGCAAUAAAGCUUUGAUGGAAAAUGGUUCUUCGUUUAAAGCUCUUGGGGAUUUGAUUGAUGUUCUUCUAUCCAACAUAUAAAAUACCUGAUUUGGAAUGUUUGCAAGGGUAAUUUAUUUGUCAAAUCUGUUCUGUUUUAUUAACAUAAUAUAUUGGUGUAUAAGCUAUAAGAAAAUCAAUUUUAUGAGUAGAUUCUAUUUGGUAUUAUUUA